AUGGACAGGAAGGGCGAGUAUACCAGAUCGGCGGGCUCCAAGAGCGCAGCGGCACUCUCGGUCCCUCCUCCUCCCUAUGCAUCCUCAAAGUCCGAUCGACGAGCCCCGGUCGUUCCUCCUCCUCACUCCCUCACUUCCCAUAACCGCUCUCACUCCAGCAAGCAACUUGGGCGACUCACACUUCCUCUCCGGUCUCGACAGCCCACGCUCCAGCAUGAUGGCAAUCAGAUAAUCCCCGAGACUCAACCAAAGCUCCCUUCACCCGAUACCGAACUUCAAGAAGCUUCCACGUCCACGACGGCAUCUCGCUCGGCUAAAGCUCCUCCUCCUGCGACCGUUACGACCAAGCCAUACGUCCCGAGAGCCAAAAUCAAGCCGCUCUUCCCCGAUCCGACAGCGAAUAAGGCACUCGGCAAGAAGAAGAAGAGCCUCGUGGUUCCGCCGCUGCAGAUUGUGCCGCUGAAGCGCCUGGAACAGCCAGAGGAGGGGGACUGGGAGGGAGCGGGGCAUGCAUGGAUCGAGAAGGAGAAGACGGCCGAGGAGGUCGCUUCAGAGUUGGAAGCUGAAAGGGCGAGGAAGCAAGCGGCGAUGAAUGAAGCGCUAGGGGGAGCAGCAGCUUUGGUCCAGCUCUCAGAAGUCCCGGCGCCAAGGAGUGUACCAGCCUUCCAGCCGAGCCCGGAUCAUCGCUCGACUACAAGAGCGCCUGUCAUCCCGCCUCAGCUCCCCUCGACUUCCGCACGAUCGAGACCUCGAGUCCGUGCAGCCAGCGCAUCCUCCAGCUCCGCCCUUCAGCUUGCUGCAUCAUCUUCCCUCCUCGAAUCCAUCCAGCUUCCACCCGCCCGCCAAGAGCGUCUCUUCCUUCCUGGACCGGACGACAGCUCGGACGCAGAGUCCGACGCUACCGCUGCCGCCAUCGCCGAGCAGCCGACCGCCGACCUAGAGCCUGAUGCUGAGCCCGAGGAACUUAUCCACGACCCUAUACCAUCCCGCUCUUCUACACGACGAGAGAGGCAUUACAGCCUAUCUCCGGAUACCCCGCCCAACGGGGCUGAGCACGUCGAGACUGGCGGCACGGCCGACCCCAACAGAACCCUCGUCGCAACUCGCCGCUUUAUCGGGCCAGCAAAGCCCCAUUCUUCGCCAACUCCCUCGCCCUUCGAUAACACGUACGAUCCCACCUUCACCAAUGUCCCCUUCGGCGGUAUCCCCAUCGCCAAGGCGAAACCCAUCGAAGCAGUCAACGACAAGUCUCGAUCCGGCCGGCUCUUGCCCGCUUUACCGAAGACAUAUGGCUCGAAAAUCAAGCAGACGGUGCCUGCAGCGCCACCACCCCAGAUCGAGCCCAGCACGAAGCAGCGCAGCACCAAGAAGAGCAAGGAGGAGGAACGGCGGCAGAAGGAGCUCAAGCGUCAGCGGUCCCGCACGCUCAUGGAGGAAGUGGAGCAGGUGGAGGCGAGCUGGCUGGAUGGGGGACGGAGGCGGCCCAGGGGAUAUACCGAGCCUCGGAAACAGGCGCCUAUCAGUGACGCCCGCGAUUCGAGCUAUGCGGAUCAGUACCGGUGCCGAGACGGUUCCCCGGUCCCCACACGCAAACUCCGCAAGAUCUCGUCGACCCCUCGGGCUGAGCUAGCCGAGUACCCUCUCAACCGCGACGACCCGCUCGCAGACCAGCCGGAGAAGGUACGGCGGAUCGGCAGUGAGAUCAUCAGCGACCGACAGAGUAUCGAGCAGGAGGGGAAGUACGAGGUGGAUCCGGAGGUGGAAGAGCAGAUGGACCGAAUCGACCGGGACUUUGCGCUCGACCAGGGCGUUCUCGUGCCCGAGCCAGACGAGGAGGAUCAGCCUCACGCGGAGCCUAAACCUGCUGCUAGCGGUUGGUCUCGGACUCAGCCCGCGCCACCAGCUCCGGAAGCGGAUCGUCCCGCCUACCGGUCCGACCGCCCGAGGACAAAGGGGAGGCUUCGACGCCGAAGUCCGCAUCGAUAUCACUAUGAAGAGCAACCCCAUCCUAACAGCCCGUACCCGAGCGAAUACCUCGACCCGGACUCGGAUGACGAAUCGGCUUUCCAGCGUCAGAAGCGGCGGCGUGGACUGGCGCCCGACGGGGGUACUUACUACCGCGACAAUCGGGGCGACUGGUUCCUCAAGCGACCCAUGGAAGGGCACAUCCCCGACCGCGCCUUCGCUCGGAACCGCCGGAGGGACAAGUGUCGGUAUCAGGACGAGAUCAAUGAUCCGCGGUAUCAGCCUCUCUCAAAGUAUCCGGAUCCGGCGGAGAAGGAGAAGGAGCGGAUGCUGGAUGCGGAUGGGCUGUAUGUGGUGGGAGACAAGAGGAAGCGGGCGACUACAACGGGUGUGAGGCGGUACACGAGUCAUCGAACCCCGAGGGAUUUGGGGCCGCCUCCGCCGAGAUUGAAGAUGUCGCGUACAGAGUCGGCGAAUGUUCAGGCGGAAAAGUAUAUUAGCGUCGUCACCGAGCACAGCAAACCCUCUCGGACCGUCCGCUCCCUUCCUAGCCGGUCCGUCACGCACCGAGCCCUCGAGCUUCCUGGCUACGUCAUCAAGCCCAUCAAGACCAUCUCUUGGGCCGAGUACAAUGCGGCUUACAACGAAGAGCGCCCCUUCCCCGUCGACAAAGCCCUCCUUCAGCGUACCAUGGCGGACAUGCGGGAGCAGUACCUCCGCGCUCGGCACGGCGGGACGCGGGUGCGUAACUCCCGUACGGGGAUCAGGCGGGAUAUGGAGAUGGAUAGGAUGGAGAGGCGGAUAGAGAGGAUCAACGAAGAGGACGAACGAAUUGAUACGGUCACUCCGUCGGUUCGGCCUACCCCUGCGCCGGACGACCGGCGGGAUCGGAUCUAUGCGCAAAACCGUCAAGCUCCCAGACUCAAGUUUACGACCAAAGAUCCCUCGCCGGACCUUACGGGACCUCGGUCGGUCAAGCGGAAGCUCAGCAGCGUACUCGCCUCAGAUCAGGCGACCGAGGAGAGGGAGGUGGUAGAGGAUGAAGCGGGCUGGGAGGCGGAGGGAAGGCCAGAUCCGCUCAUCACCGACUUUUUCGAUGAAGUGGAUCCGCCGGUAGAUCGUCCAGGGAGGUUGUCGACCAGCUCGGUUACUCCUCGCGCGGACUCGGGGCGAACGGCGAAGCGAAGCAGCGGUGCGGCGACGGCGGGGAGGUUGGCAUUUAGCAAGACCCCGACAACGGAGGAGGAUCCAGGGGAGAUUGGGGCGUUCUUGCAAGAGAAGCUGGGGUCUGGUGAGCUGAGGCGGAUAGAGGGGCAGAAGAGUGCGCAGGCAGCGAGUAAUGCGACUGCGGCUCCUGCGAAGACGAGCGACCCUCGGGAUGAGGAGAUCGGGGAGUUCCCAUCCGCCUCCACGUCCACUCGUCGCCCUCAUCCGGCUCCUCCACCCCCUACACGUCAGUCUGUCAAUCCGACAUCGACAACAACGACGACCAGCGGAUCAUCGGACCCCACCAGCAAGAUGUUAUCGGGUACGGGCAUGACGGCGCACCUCCUCGAAGCGAUCAUCAAGACAAAGGACAUGUUCGCUGCCAAGCCCGCUUCUCCGGCACCGCCGACGGGUGGUAUCAUAGCCCCUAAAGCGGGCAGGGGACGACCCCGGACAAGAGUGCCGAAGGGAUCACAGGCGGGUCCGGGCAAUGCCUCGACGGCAGCAGGUGGGAAGAAGUCCAAAGGCAAAGCACGGGAUCCGCGGGAACGGCCCAACGAGCUCCGGCGGGCAGAUACCGAGGUGACACUCCCGCCUACAUAUCGGCCUCGCGCGACGCAGCUGCCUAGUAGGACGGAUAUCCGCCCAGAGGACGAUGUGGAGGUGAGGGACAGGCCAGCAUCGCCGAUGGUGGUGGUCGACCCCGCUCGGGCGCCGGCGUCCUUCAGCGUCAAGGCGAUGAAGGGGCCUACGCCGAGGAUCGGGCUGCAGCGGUCAGUGACGCAGAAUCAAGCCAGUGGGAAGAGGCCGAGUAUGAGCAGGCCCAUGACAGGCGGGAAGAGUAUGAGUGCGCUGAACAGUCAAUUCAAGCCUCCGACGUUUGCCCCAACGCAAGCUACAUCUCGUCCCGGAUUCACCCAGCCUCCUUCACACUACCCCUCCGACAGCGAAGACGAUCAGCUCGAAGACGAUUCCAACCCGUCUUAUCAGGCUGGCCAACCCGUCCCCUCUCCUACUCAAGUGACUACCGGCCGUACCUCCCGCAGCCGGACUCGGAGCCGCCUAGUCUCCGGCGCGCGCACAUCGACCACCGAGAAAGACUCAAGUCCGGCCCAAUCGCUGGAUACGGACAGUACGUCUCGUCCGGGGGAAGUCGACGCGGGUCGCUCCCACGCCGAUGCGUUCUUUGACGAUUCUCAAACGGAGCUCGGUAAUGUGGUGCAGAGGCAGGCGACAUCGACAUCCCGGACUCCAGGUCGUACUUCUGGCGGAUCCAGUACCGGCACCGGUACCGGCACCGGCACUGGAGCAGGCAAAUUCCCGGUCGUCCCACAAGGCUUGCUCCGGCGACAGAGCUUCUCGAGGGUCCUCCCGCCCAAAGCGGGCGUACUGAAGCGGAGCACGAAAGGAGGGUAUCUGAUGGGGAAUGAUGCGUUCCCGCUUCCUCCAGCGGCAGCGGCAGAGGGGUCGAGGGAGCAGGGGAAGGGGGGAAGGGAACGCCGAGAAGAACGACACGACUUUGUGACAGGCGGAGGCAUGCAGAUGAGCAGGGUGGCGAGUCAGAAGGCGAGGCAGCCGUUUAGGGCGCCGACGGUUGUCCAGGGGAGAUCAGGGGGGUUGAGCAGAGCUAUUGACUUCAACGGAUCAAUCAUCAACAAGAAGACACGCCCCCCCUCCGAUCCUGGCGAUACCCCUCCGUCAAGAGCUCGAUUCGAGUUUUCUCAAUCCGACGCGACCGACAGCAGAAAAGAAGAUGGACCUACCACCAUGUCGAUCCCUGUAUCAUAUUAA